GCCCACCCCAGGCAGAGCGAACGCACUUCCGGCGGUGCAACGGACUACGUGCGGAGAGGUGCGGGCUCUUGAGGCGCUGGGCAGGCGCCAUGUUCCUGACCGCGCUCCUGCGCCGCAACCGCAUCCCGGGCCGGCAGUGGAUCGGAAAGCACAGGCGGCCGCGCCCCGUUUCCUUCCACGCGAAGCGGAACAUGGUCCGCCGCCUGGAGACGGAGGCGGAGAACCACUACUGGCUGAGCACACCCUUCCUUAGCCCCGCGCAGGAGUUCGGGCACGCCGCGGCCCGAAGGGCGGCCUCCUUCCAGGCCAUCAAAGCGGCCAGCGAGGCCAAGUUCCCGCAGCACAGGCUGCUGGUCGACCAGCUCAGCCACCUCAAUGUCACCAAGAGGUGGUCCUAACCAGCGGCUGCCGCCGCCUCCUUACGGGAACCAGAACCAUUAGAAGAAUGUGACUUUUGAAGAGACUUGACUUAGGGUGGUAAACACAAUACAAUAUACAGAUGAUGUAGAAUUGUAUAGCUGCAACCUGUGUAAUUUUAUUAACUAAUGUCACCCUAAAGUUCAGUUAAAAAAAAAAAAAAAAAGAUCUUUGGACCAGAGUCGUGAGCAGAGCGUUCAGAGGAUCGGGAUUUUUAAGCUUCAGCUUCCUUUCUGUUGUGUCUUGUUUCUGUAUUUUGGGUGAACCUGCGAUAAAACUGCGAAUGAAUGGUUUGAAGUCUGUAUGUGACACUCGGUGGGGGUUAGUUUGCUUACCUUCUCUCAAGAAUAGUUUCCUAAAGGUAAAUGAAAACAAGCUUUGUCAGUCAAACGUUCCUAAAAAUAGCAUUUUGUUCUGGGAUUACCGGCAGUGGACAUUUAAAUGAAGUAUAAUGUUUUUAUCAGAACUGUUGCAUGAAGGUGUAUUUUUAAAAACUUUAUAGGGAUAAAAUUAACAUACUACACAAUUCAUCAGUUGUAGAUGUUUGCUUUAAAUAACUUUUUUCUGAAUAAAAAUAGUCAAGCACUUCACACAUGUCACCAGACACAGUAAUCCCACUGAGGCAGGUUAAUAAGAAACUAGGAAAAUUCCCUGGCAAGUGGAAUGAGGAAACUGAGACAAAGGGCUGGAACUGCUGAGCAAUUAACAGCCAUCUGACAAAUAGCAAUAUUCUAUCCUCAACCAAAGAUAGCUAAGAGCUGGUGGUUUAAAUCACCUUAGGGAGAUAAAAAAAAAACUAGAGCCAGACUAAUCCAAAUUGAGGUGCAACCAACCAAAAAAUGACCCUAAACUUAAUUAUAGUCUCAUUUUAAUACACCAGCGUACUAAAGGACACUCCCCGAAGUCUAAUGAAUAUUGUUAAGAUGCUCCUCUGGAACUGCCCCCAAAAUUCCCACCCACAGAAAAUAGAUGAAACCCUCAGGACAAAGAACACAGGUGUGUGCUCUUUGAGCACACCUGUUCCCCCCUUUCCUCGGGCGUGUACUUUGCUUUUAUCCUAAGCUCUAUGGGCCCAGGUGAGACCCAGGAAGGGGAGCAAUGGGCAGCAGUAGCUGUGCCAGGCUUAUCCCCUGGCCCCCUCUUGGGAUGGGGCCCUUUCUCUCCCUCACUGGCCCAUGCUCUAAUAAACUUUCACUUUCACGUGGA